AUGUCUACCCCUUCACCUAAGCUCUUCCAGCCUUUGACUUUCGGAAAUGUCAAUCUGCAACACCGUGUUGUCAUGGCCCCAUUGACUCGUUUUCGUGCAAACGCGGAGCACGUCCACACCAAUAUAGCUGUCGAAUAUUAUGCGCAGCGCGCGAGCGUACCGGGCACGCUGAUUAUCGCCGAAGCAACCUUUAUCGCACCUCAGGCUGGAGGUUACUCCAACGUUCCCGGCAUCUGGUCCGACGAGCAGAUCGCAGCCUGGAAAAAGGUGACGGAUGCAGUGCACGCCAAAGGGUCCUUUAUAUACAUACAGCUAUGGGCCCUUGGGCGCGCUGCAUAUCCUGCUCAGCUUGCGAGCGAGGACCCUUCUUUCCCAUAUGUCUCAGCGGGAAAUAUCCGUUUGGAAGGUCGUGAUGCCACGCCGCGCGCGUUGACUGUGGAGGAAAUUAAGCAAUAUGUCCAACUGUUCGCGACCGCCGCUUCAAACGCGGUGCAUAAAGCAGGAUUUGACGGGGUAGAGAUUCACAAUGGAAGCGGGUACCUACCCGAUCAGUUUCUGCAAGAUGUGUCCAACAACCGUACGGACGAAUACGGUGGCUCCAUCGAGAACCGCGCUAGAUUUGGGUUGGAGGUCAUUGACGCUAUCACGAAAGCCGUUGGCGAGAAGAUAGUUGGUACUCGGCUCAGCCCAUGGGGGGCAUACCAAGGUAUGGGAAUGAAAGAUCCCAUUCCCACUUUCUCGCAUUACAUCACGGCCAUUCGUGAUCGUCACCCCGACUUCGGCUAUAUACACCUGGUAGAGCCUCGCGUAGAUGGUGGGUCGGAUAUUGAAGUCCCGCAAGGCCAGACAAACGAAGUCUUCCGAAAACUUUGGGGAUCUAGAGCAUAUCUCAGCGCUGGUGGGUAUACGAGAGAGGACGCUUUCAAAGUGGCGGAAGCGCAGGACGCACUCAUCGCCUUUGGACGGUAUUUCAUUUCGAACCCUGACCUUGUGACGAGGCUGAAGGAAGACAUCCCUUUCACAAAGUACGAUCGCAAUAACUUUUAUACCCCCGCAACACCCGUUGGUUACACUGAUUAUCCUUGUCAUAAUGAGAUGGAAGCUGCUACUCUGUAG